AUGGAAAAACUUCAUAGCAUGUUAUUUCGCCCCAAAAUUGCUGAAGCUUUAAGAUGUUCAAACUUUGAAACCGUGGCCGAUAUAUUACAUCACAACAAGAAUGAUCUCGCUAAAAGGUUGAAACUAUCUGGAAAAGAGGUGUCUGAACUUGUGAAUACCAUUAUGCAGGAAAUAAAGAUGUCUCGUUUGAUUUCUUAUCCGCCUAAGAAUGCGUUGAUGCUAUUGAAGGAGGGUACGCACCGCAUGCUAAGCACGGGUGACAACCAAAUCGACAAAAUAAUCGGCGGAGGCAUCUUGUCAAGGGCAAUUACGGAAAUCGUGGGCGAGAGCUCAGUAGGAAAAACACAGCUGUGCCUACAACUUUGCUUGACAGUUCAAUUACCAGAGGAAUUGGGCGGGCUGAAUGGGGGAGCAGUGUAUAUCUCCACCGAAGGCAACUUUCACUUGAAGCGUUAUUACCAGAUGGUUUCAUCGUUUCAACAAAAGUACAGCAGUUUAAGAGACAUUGAUUUGGCAAAAAACGUUCAUUGCGUGACCGUUCCUGAUCUAGAGACACAGAGAAAUGUUCUUCGUCACCAAUUACCCGUUCUCCUCUCUCGCAACAAUAUACGACUAGUAAUCAUUGAUUCCGUGACGGCAAAUUUCCGCACUUUCGAAACUUCCGAAUUUCCGAAUUUCCGUCAGCGGGCUUCAGAAAUCUGUCAACUGGGUAUUCAACUAAAGGAAAUAAGUGAUAGAUUUAAUGCACCCAUUGUAUGUGUGAACCAGGUUUCCGAUAAUUUCGCUAUCGAAGACUUUGAAGAAUGUGAUGACGAUGCGCAUUAUGAGUAUAACUGUUACCAAAGACAAUUGCUAAUUGGAAAUGGAACAAAGAUUCCUGCAUUGGGAUUGACAUGGUCCAACAUUAUAAAUAUAAGGAUCAUGCUUUCUAGACCGAAGAGAAUUUUGACGGAAGAGGAUGGUAGUGCUGGUGAUAAUGAUCCGAGAACAAUUGCAUUGUUAAUGGCCCCACAUGCUCAGAGACGUUUUGGUGAAUACUAUAUUGACAGGCAUGGGAUACAUGGGUUGGUUAAUUAG